UCGCUCAGAGCGCCGUUCAGUUCGCGUUCAGACUUGACCGAGUGCGGAUUCUGGUAUUCUAAGCCCCCCUCAGUGUGGAAGGUUCUAAGAGAUAUUUAACCGAGAGUUUCUACACUAACAGAAGUUGUUUCAAGAACUAAGGACGGAGAGCCUUUGGUGGAGUUUCACUUUUGUCCCGAAGCUGUGCGGCGGAUAGUUCUCUGUUGAGACCAGCAGGGUGUGUGGGUGUGUGUGCGGUGAUAAAAAACACCUCCAGCAAACCUCUUUUCAAGUGUUGUGUGUGCGCGUGGGUGGUGGAUUCCUCACCUUGCAAACCUUCGAUUGAAGAAAAAGUGUUUCUUCUUUUAGUGGGUACUGUGAAAAUAAAACGAACGGGAAGACUCACGAUUGCUGUUUAUUUAUUCAUAGUGGAUAAAUUUUGCAAAGGUCACACGUUGUGGUCAUACCAUUCGACACAUGCUCUCAGUGUCGAGUUGAGGGGCAAAGAACAUUCUCACGUGCGUAAUCGUGUUUCAAGGAUUUAACUGGAAGAAGCAAACAACUGUAUCUUUGUGCGGACUGGAUCCUGGAAGAGUCACGAAAAGUGUUUCUAACAGCAAAAGGUAUCCCAGAUAAACGAGGCGAAGAUAACAAAUUAUUGAAGUGCUGGUAUCCAUAUUUCUGUUUGGGAAAUAAGACCUCCCCACACAACCGCUCAUUUCAGUUGCGCCAUCUGGUGUUUGUUUUCAUUUUCACUUUCGUGCCGAAUUGAAGAUUUUGCUUACUUUGGCACUCGUAGCAUCUGUACUUCCGAAGAUCUUCUGUUUUAUUGGAUACAAAUACCGAAUCCGUGCUGCCAUAGGCGAGAACGGGAGCGAAAGUAAAAACGUUGAGUGCUCGCUCGGUAAUAAAGCGUGAUUUAUUAAAAAUUGUGCGGUGGAACACCCGAACAAGUGUUGAGAUUUCAGCGAUCUAUUUGUGAUUGCUUUGCGAGGCAGAACGGAAUUGUUGUUUUGGUGUUUUUGGUGUGCUUGUUGGAAUAGCAGUAACUGUUUGGAGUUUGGAGGAUUCUGCGAAAAAAAUUUAUUGAAAAGUGGUCCGUCGUUGGAUGGAAUAAUCUGGUGUUUGGAAAUAGUGAGUAUCAGCGAAAACACCAAUAAAUUCACACACAAGAUCUUCCUGCGUUGAAUGACUGUUCCACCGCAAAUCGUCGUUGUCAUAUCGCCGCCCAGUGCUCGCCGCCUCCAAGUUGAACCACUUCAUCCAACCGCCGAACCAGCAGUCCGCCGCUGGAACUACUGAACAUCAUGUUGCGGUCCCUUAGUGAAACUGGAAACCUCCCCAAACGGCAGCCACUGGCGGGAGCCGGUGGGCUGCUGCUGCUAGGGGCGCUCAUCUUACUCGACAUCGGUUGCCACCACCACAGUGCACAUGCGGUCGAUCCAGUCGGAACCGGUGGCCCAUCGGUGGUCCACGAGGGCGAGGAUGCACUGCUGACAUGUGUCGUAAUGACGCCGUACAACAAUGACACAGUCCUCUGGCGGAAGGGUCCCAACGAGAUUCUAUCGGCCGGCGUAAAUCGUGUUACGAGCGACAAACGCAUUAGCAUCCUGCACGACGAUUCUCCCAAAGGCAGGACUCCUCUAGGUGGCGAUGUUUGGGUACUUCUAAUUAAAGAGGCCCGCGCAAACGAUACCGAUGUUUACGUGUGCGAAGUGAACAGCGAUCCGGUGGUGCGAAGUUUCCAUCCCUUGAGAGUCAGAAAAGGGAAGAAAAUAAACAACACCGAGUUCACGACCGCGGCAACAUCUGAGUCAACAGCAUCCGGAGACAGGUCGACGUCGAGCUCGACCGCGGAGGAAACAUCCGAAGAGGAAGACGACGAGGAAACCACCUCCGACGGGAUGCCUGCCCUCACACACGACUUUACCGGUUGCUGCCAGGCCAACAAUGUCAGCAGCCCGUGUUUGGGAUUCUGUGUGCUGCACAAUAUUCUGGAGGGAGCCACCGGAGUAGAACCGGAGCAGUGUGAGAAAGAUUUUCCCAACAUCGUGCGGUGCAUGGCUGACGGACGGAAUCACGUCCCGUGCUGCGUGGCGAAAGGAAUACCCGAUCUUUGCCAGGAUAUGUGCCGAGGAGAGUAUACCCCGUUCACAGAUCUGCUUAAAUCCAGAGUUUCCUGCGUGCAGCAUACCCUCCCAGGGCUCCAGUGCAUUCUGGACAAUAUACAAAAACUCCCCUCCGAGCCACAGUCAGUUGCCGUUGAGCCUCUAACAGAGCGGUCCCUCCAGGUCAGCUGGUCGCCUCCGGCACAGCUUACCAAAACGGUGAAAUUCUACCAGGUCAAUGCAACUAAGUUGCACUCCUUUGAUCAGGAUUUUGUUGCGAAUGAAACCAAAGAUAGUUUAAUAAGCAUCCGGGUAUCCGCCGAUCAGGAUUCAGCGACAAUUAGCAACCUGGAACCGUUCACCAUGUACACCAUCACGGUCAGUGCACACAACGAUUUCGGGUCCAGCCUGCCGAGUAUCAGAAUUCGUACCUUGACACUCGAGAACGGUGUGGUCAACAAGCAGACCAGUGUCGCUGUUAUUCCAGUAUUGCCAGACGUUCGCGAAUGCUGCGUAAAAAAUGGCAUCAACCAUCGGACCUGCCUGGAUAAGAUGUGCGAUCCGGUGAAGGCGGAUUUCACCGAAGUACCAGAUCUGAUGGUGUGCGCUCCGUGGGCAAACAUUACGUUUGCCUGUCUGGCGAAUAAAAUAGAUCACACGCCGUGCUGCAAGUCCCGCGGAAUCCCCGACGGCUGCCUGGCGUUCUGCUCCGGCAAUGUGAAAGCCAUCAAUUUCAAUUACUUCAAGUGCCUGCAGUACAUGUCCGAUUACAGCAGCUGCCUGCUGCAGGGCUACGGAGUCCUGUCGGGGCCACCCUCGAAACUGAAAGCACCGCUAAUUGCACCCCACUUUGUGGUUCUCGAAUGGAAACCACCAAAAAUUCUCCCCGACACCGUUACCUCGUAUCAUCUGCACUACAGACGCUUGGGGAGCGGCGAAGAGUAUACAGUCGUCGAGAAGGAGCAAACACCGGUCAUCGUUGAAGAUUUGGAAGCUGGACAAUACUACGAGGCAUUUGUUGUGGCGGCUAACGCGCAUGGGAAGGGAGGACCUUCCCCCCGACUUGUGUUCCAGACAAAGCGAGAAAGCCAGAUGGAACCAGUUACUCACUCGUACAAUAUCUCAUCAUGUUGUCAUGCUUCCGGACUGCUUCCUCAGUGCGCUCCACUGUGCAGUUAUGACGUGAAAAUGUCAGACCUUCAAAAGCUAGGAAACACCUGCCGGGGUCUGAUCGGAACCAUUGUGCGUUGUAGCGCGGGUGGUCGCGAUCACAGCUCCUGUUGCGCCCGUCGAGCCGUUCCUCUCAAAUGUCAAUCGCUAUGCCGUGGUGUGAUCACACAAUCUCCCGUUGAUUGUCUGCCCUACGCCGGAAAUAUUAUUCAAUGCUUUGAAGAAGGCAUUGGGCAUAUCCCAAUGCCGGUGGAAGAUCUUCAUGUAACCUCUGUAACAAACACUAGCAUUUCGCUUGCCUGGGUUCCGUCAGAGAUCGAUCCGAACAACACGGAUACGAAGGCUUCGGAUUAUAUCGUCCAGUACGGGAAGGUGGACAACAUGACAAUGUACGAAACUGUAAUUAAACUCGACAACGAAUUAAUCACCAACGAAACUGAGAUCGAGUUAGGCAACCUCGAACCAAAAGCACUCUACCGCAUCACUGUGAUCGCGCGAGGUCUCCAUGGAACGUCGCUCCCAUCCUCUAUGCUGCUGAUAAACACAUCUCGCACAGAUGCAGCCAGCACCGUGUACGGAGCACCUUCCCCACCACAUUCUUUAUCAGUUUCCUCUCACAGCGCUACAUGGAUCACAGUUGCCUGGCAACCGCCAGAGUUUUCCCACCCCCACGAAACCAUUACCUAUCGCGUAAUCCACAAGGUCGCCAACAACUAUACCGUCAUCGAUACUCGCUUGUUGUGGGUACGAAUUGCCAAUCUCCAGCCGAACACACAGCAUAUCAUCUACGUAGUCGCACUGGGCGCCAAGGGAACUAGUUUGCCAUCGGAAACCUUGGUCGCAUGGACUGAUCCGGCACUCCCUGCUUUCGUUGAUCCACCAACGGUCCACCCGUCAGACAUUAUCUCCGAAGGUGGUUCAAUGACGAUCCUCUGUCUAGCUCUAGGAAACCCUGCUCCAACGAUUUCACUGUACGUAGGAGGUCAUCUGAUCCGACAGGACACCUCCCGGCACAUGAUUACUGUGAUACACAAUGUUACCAUCGAUAUGGAGCACAUCUCAUGCUACGCCGACAAUGGAUACGGUAUUCCAAUGCAGGCAUCGAAGCGUGUUAACAUUAGCUUUGCACCACGAAUCCAAGCUUCGGGCAUCACCGUUGCUUCGGUGGGAGAAUCGGUCGCCCUCAAGUGUACCGUGCGGUCGAGACCAAUUCCCAAGACUAUGUUCUGGCGUGAUCAUGACGGUCGCGUUCCGGUGAUCCAGGGUGGUAACUUCGAUAUGUCCAUGAGAAACGACGUUGAUGACACCGCUCUCUACACCAUGACACUAACGAUCAACAAACUGACCGCGGAAGAGGCGGGAGACUAUUUCUGCCAUGCAGAGAACGCCCUCGGCUCGUCUACCCGUGCUGUAUCAGUACGCAUCCGAAACACAGCCGCCUCAACCAACAUAUCCGAAUGCUGUGUGUCGCAGAACGUUUCGUCCGCCUGUAUGAGCGCGUGUUCGUUCUACAUCGAUAUCGAAAGUGUGAUUGAUCGACCCGAGUGUAUUGUGGAUUUCGAUAAACUGAUGAAAUGUGCCGCUGAUGGAUCGGAUCACCGAGGUUGUUGCGCUUCCAAAGAUAUUCCUCGCAGAUGCCUGAAUUGGUGCCGGGGCGAACCGAUUUCUCCACCGGGAAUCUGUGCGCUGCAGCACACCAGAACAAUCGUGGGUUGCUUCCAGGAGAAUCGCGAACGUCUCCCGGGACCACCGCAGAAUCUGCAAGUGCAGGUUAUGAGUGACGAAGAGGUUGUUAUCAGAUGGGAUCCUCCGACUAAGAAUCCACACACUGUCGAGGGAUAUCGGGUGUUCUGGCAUGACCUGGAGCCAGUGACCGACAACUUAUCGAACGUCAUCAGCGGUCUCGGAACCAGCCGGCUUGAUGCGAAGGAGACAAGCAUCAAGCUGGAGGGUCUCAAGCCCAACGUUAUGUACGAGCUGGUCAUCAAGGCCGGUAACCACUUCGGAGCAUCGGUCCUCUCGGAACCAUUGCGGUUCACGCUGGGUGAUCACCACAUCACUUCGGCGUCGCAGGCAUCCAAUGCUGGAGUUAUUAGCGGCAUUAUCGCCGGCAUGUUGGCUAUUGUUCUGGCGAUAGCCGCCCUUGUGAUCAUGAGGAAGCGGAGAAUCGGUCAGAAGCAAGCCAAUGGUGGGGUGGCCUUCGAGAAUCCAAGCUAUCUGAGGGAGAUGAACGUGGAGCAUGUACAGAUCCCGGCUGUCUCCGGCCAAACCGGCACCGACUGGCGACAGGAGGCACUGCACACCGCCAAUGGGACGGCCACCACUGGCCUGGGCCACGAUAACGCCGUUGUCCCCAUGGCAACCGAAGUGAACCCAUCCCUUUACGAAGAGCUCAAACUCGGACACGACCGGGCCGGAUUCAAAAGACUUGUUUCUUAGGAAUUGAUUAAUGCAGCCUCCUAGGAAAUGGCCACGAUGCCACGAGCAGCUGCAGGAACGGCAUCUGUUCUACAGGGAGGCCCAAGAGCAACGCAAAGUGUACUUGUAAAUACCAGCGGACAGUUCUAGAUGUGAUGGAAUGAAAGGUGGGGAAGCUGUUCCCUCCUUCAUUCGGCGACAGUUUUAUGUAUUAAUCGUGAUCGCGAGUAAGAUGAUGAUGAUAAAAUUUUAGGUGCUAAGAAUUUUAUAGGGUUGAAGGAAUUUUCUAUAGAGAAAAUAGCAAACAAAAACCAGUUUUUAAACAAACAAAAAACGACAUAAAACGGAGAACCUUUGCGCAAAGCACUCACACACAUCACCUUAGGUAUCAUACAUAUAGUAAGUGUUGUAGAACCAUGAUUUGUUUCACCAGUAGUAACGCCUACGGCCACCCAGAAUAAAAUCCCUUUCAAGUGCAGACUGCUUGAUGACACCAUCACCGAUCUAGUCAAAACGAUGAAAUCAGUUUCAGCCGUAGACACCCCAGCCGACCAAUGAGAACGCGAUGCAAAAACAACCGUGGAACUGCCGCAAAGGCAGUCCGCUUGGACCAGUGGCAAUAAUUCAUAUAGUUACCUUUACUGUCAAGAUUAGUAUAUUUGUUAUUCAUUCCGACGAGGAAGCAAUUUGGAUUGCAUUAGAAUGAUGAGCGUUUCGUAAACAAGAAAUAUAAUCUCAUAGCUGUAAUGAUGACUUCCCUCCUGCCGAGUGAUGUGUGUUUGGCAUUGUUUAAUUGUUGUGUGUAUGUGUAAAAUGUACUCCAACCAUACACGUUUACGGUAGAAAAUUGAUUUUAGACCACUCACCAUAGAAUCUCAACGGAAUUUGGUUCUCUCUCUCCGCGCUUUGGUUCCAUUUGCGCCUCAUGCUGGCAUGUUACCAGUGUAAAUAUAAUGCAUGUGGAAGGACGAACAUUUGAAAACGCACUUAGAUCAAUCUCUGAGGACAUUACUUAGCUAAGAUUUAAUAAGAACACUGUUGUAUAGGAUACGAUAAAUCUUUGUAAGGGAAUCACUAGAGAAGCAAUACACUCAACUAGUUUUAUAAUAAAA